AUGGAUGUUUUCUGGCGGGCACCUCCCGUGUCCAGGACACUCACGGCAGCGACCCUGAUUGAGUCACUCCUGUUCUGGGGCAGGCUCAUCACUGGAAAAUACAUUUUCUUCGUCCCGAGCAAAAUCUUCUUCCAACUGCCUCCACAGGUCUGGCGAUUGGCAACUUGCUUCUUCCUGACUGGAAGGGAUUUGGAGUUCGUCUUCGAUCUGUACAAUCUAUGGCGCUACAGCAGUGCCCUGGAGAGUCAGUCGGGUCGCUUCUCCAAGCCUGGUGACUUUUUCAUCUACAUCCUGUUCGUAAGCACCGUCAUUCUGCUUACCGCAGGAUUCUAUAUGGGCUAUGGCUCUUUCCUCCCUGCCCUGAUCAUGGCCCUGGUCUGGACCUUUGCCCAGGAUAAGCGAGGCACUCGUGUGAGAUUCUUCGUCAUUGACAUCCCGGUGAUUUACUUGCCCGCCGCAAUGUUGUGCAUCACCAUGGUUCGUGGCGGUUGGCCUUCAAUGCUGUUGGAAUGCACUGGUAUUCUCGGUGCCCAUCUCUACGACUUCCUCACCCGCCUCUACCCGACCUUUGGAGGUGGCCGAAACUUCAUCUUCACUCCUCUCUUCGUGCAGCGUUUCUUCUGGAAGCACACCCCGAAUGCUGGUUAUCGUGGAUAUGGCACGGCGUAUCAUGCACCCCAACCAUCCGCGUCGUCUGCCCCCCAGAGUCGAACCUCUGGUACGGACGCCGGCGAGACUUGGGGUAGCUGGGGAUCUGGACGCAGACUGGGAUAA